AUGCUAAAAAUAACGACCACUUCAGCGACAAUUCCACCUCCACACUUAUCUCCUCCAUCAACAAAAACAACCACCACCACACAGACAAAUCUCCUUAACCCCAUAAACCGCCGCCACCUCCUCACUGGACUCCAUAUCUCGUUCUCCACACUGCAUUUAUCCAUACCAGUCGCUGAUGCCCGUGGCCUCUUCCAAAUGCCUCCUCCCCGCCUCACCAACCAGUACUAUUUGGUGAGAGCUGGGGAGUCUGAAUUUGAGAGCCUGGGGAUUAUCAACACGAAUCCGGUAGCAAAAACAUCAGUUGAUAGUGGGUUAUCAGAGAAAGGGAAGAAGCAGGCUGUUAAGGCUGCUUUACAGUUGAAAGAAAUGGGAGCUUGUGAUGCAGGCUGUUGGAUUUGGCCUUCCAUUACACAAAGGGCUUACCAAGCUGCAGAGAUCAUUGCUGCUGUUAAUAGGAUUAGUAGGAGUUAUAUAGUUCCAGAGUACAGCUUCCUGGAUGCCCGUGGAUUAGGAGCUUAUGAAGGCAAGAAUUUGGAAGCUGUUUCAGAAGUAUAUGCAUCAGAUACUAUUUCUCCAAGAAACAAGCCCCCUCCCAUAGACGAUGGAACCCCAAAUGAGAGUGUUGCAGACGUGUUUGUCCGCGUUACACAGCUGAUGUCCAUUCUUGAGACCCAGUACUCUGAGGAAACGAUCAUCAUUGUAUCUCCAGAUUCUGACAAUUUAACAAUCCUCCAAGCUGGUUUAGUCGGUCUUGACCUGCGAAGGCAUAGAGAUCUUUCUUUUGCCCCUGGGGAAGUCAGAUUUGUUGAUAUCAACAGCAUACCAACUUACAAACAACCUGCUUCAGCCAUAUAUAAAUGUAGAAAUCCACCAAUCUGUACCUGA